AUGUCCACGCCUUGGUACCAGCAAAAGCGCCAAAAGCAGAGAACGCAGCCGGAGCCGCCGGAGCCCCUCGACGCGAACUCCGGUAGCGACACCGAGCUGCAGGCUGACGAUAGCGACGAGGGCGCCGCCGCGUCCCUCAUCCUCAUCGGAGCCCUCACCACCUCGUCUGACACCUCAGCGGAGCCCUCACGGCGCAGCUACACAUUGCUGGGCGAGCGCGUGCUGAUCCCAGCCAUCCUCAAGAACAGCACGACGGGCUACAAGUGCGUGUCCUUCAGCCACCAGUAUAAGAAGUUCAAGGCGCAUGCCAGGGUUGGUGGCAAGCAAGUCCACCUCGGCUACUUCGACACCGCCGAAGAGGCGGCCUCCGCCUACGCUCGCUCGGCGUACGGCCGUGCCGACGCCGCCAAGCUGCUGCAGCCUCGCUCUGCUCCCACUGCCGCUGGCGCCGAGGCGAUACGGCAGGCGGAGAGGGAGGGCCUGACUCUGGCCACCAGCAGUAACAACAGCACAGGCUACAAAGGCGUGAGCUUCUGCCCGAAAGGCAGCAAGAAGUACAAGCUGGCGGUGAGGGUUGGAGGCAAGCAGGCCACCAUCGGCCGCUUCACCACCGCCGAGCAGGCGGCGCUCUUCCACGCCCGCAGGGAGGCGGGCAGGGACAUGGCUGUCCGGCAGGCGGAGAGGGAGGGCCUGACUCUGGCCACCAGCAGCAACAACAGCACAGGCUACAAAGGCGUGAGCUUCACCCCGAAGCAGCAAGGCAGCAAGAAGUACAUGCUGAAGGUGAGGGUUGGAGGCAAGAAGAGCGAGUUCGAGUGGUGUGCGUACGGCGAGAGCCUCCAAGCUUGA